CGAUAACUUUGAUGAAGAUGAUACAGGACACGUCGGACAAACUCGCUUGAUUUUGAUGAAUUUUUGAGCUCACAGUACGACCAUUGAAGAAGCAUCUUCAGGCAAACUACAGGGAGAAGAUCUGCCUCACUAACAGGCUGUUAUAAGGUGGGCAACAAUAAUCAGCGGCCAUGUUGUCUGUGGAUGAGCCACUGGACUUGAAGCUUCCCUCAGGUCGCACAGACGGUCCAGGUAUACUGGGAAAGAGGAGCUGCCCGUCCUCUAUUUGUGCCCACAUCAGCAUCAAACGACUGCGGCUACAGUGCACAACUUUUCCAUCACCUCCCUCUUCUCCAGAUUCCCUGUCUUCCUCUCAAGAACGACCUGGGUCCUGCUUCACCCCUCCAGCCAUGGACCUCAGCCUGUCCCCCUCCUUGCGCCAUGCCUCUUCUCUCUCCCCAUCCCCUUCCUCGCCAUCCUCCCUCUCUCCAUCCUCUCCCAUGGAGUCCCCUCAGAGCAGCAGCAGCCCUCAGCCACACCUCUUCUCUCGGGAAUCACCUUUUCACCGAGGUGUGGAACCUGGUGCUUCACCACAGGGCUACCCAUUUUAUGUCCCAGUUAGAAGUCCACCAAGAAGCUACAGCUUUCCCUCUUCCAUGUUCAUCAGUCAGACUAGAGAGAAGCCGGUUUCUCCGGAACCCUCCAUGGAUGCUCAGUUGGCCUGCCGUUGGAUGAAGUGCCACCUGCUGUUCGAUUCACUGCAGGACCUGGUGGAUCACAUCAACGACUUCCAUGUCAAGCCUGAAAAGGAUUCUGGAUACUGCUGCCAAUGGGAAGGCUGUGCUCGAAAUGGGAGGGGCUUCAAUGCAAGGUAUAAAAUGCUGAUUCAUAUCCGCACACACACCAAUGAGAAGCCACACCAUUGUCCCACCUGUAACAAGAGCUUCUCACGUCUGGAGAACCUGAAGAUACACACUCGCUCGCACACAGGGGAAAAGCCUUACAUCUGCCCCUAUGAAGGCUGCAGCAAGCGCUACUCCAACUCUAGUGACCGCUUCAAGCACACUCGCACCCACUACGUGGACAAGCCUUAUUACUGCAAGAUGGCAGGCUGCCUGAAGCGCUACACAGACCCCAGCUCCCUACGCAAGCACAUCAAGGCUCAUGGGCACUUUGUUGCCCAAGAGCCGGGUAGUUCAAGUAGGUCAGGGACAGGGCUGUGCCUUCCUACCCACCAGAGUGCCACUGAACAGCCCUCUGUAGGCGGGACUCCUGUCAUCAUCCCUGGGGCUGCUGCAGCCCUUCUUGGGGGCCUUGGGACGUCCUUGCCACUCUCUGCUUUCUGCCAUGCCAGAGCUCUAGGCCACCACCGGGCACCGCUCUUUUCCAUGGGUGGAGGAGGAAGCAUGGGAUCACUCAGCCUUUCAGACUCCCCACUGUUGCGCUUUGGACUUUCAGCUGCGUCUAUGUUUGGGCUGGGGGCUUUGGGAGGUCUGGGGCAGGUGGUAAGAAGGGAGCCAGAGGACGGGGAGGAAUCAGAAGAAGGAGAGGACGGGGAAGUGCUGAACCUCUCUGCAGGGGUUGGGGCGAGACAAAGUGAUGCUUUGUCUUGGGUGGUGGUUCCAUCAAGGGCGCUACUCCUCAAACCAGCUGUUGUUAGUUAAGAUGAAUGUCAGCAACUCAGAGAACCAGAGAGUUUGACUUUGUGUUUUUCCAGCCUGCCAUCAUCAUUAUCACCGUGUCUCAUACUAACAUUUUAUCAGAAAUCACUGGCAUCUCACAGGGAUACGUGCAAGAUAUUCUUUGGUUUGGGCGUUAAAAUGUAUUAGUGUAAUAGUUUAAAAAAGGUACAUAACAUGUGAGACUCACUCUGGAUACCUUGGUGCACAUUAAGAUACACUGAAAUGUCUUUAUGUUGGCAUAUCAUAGAAAAUCCAGAUAAUUCUAUCUACAGUCCCUCAGUGUAUGCCUCCAUCACUUCCUUUUGUUGAUAUAUUGUUGCUCUUUAAAACAGGACCUUUACUUCCUCAUUUGUGUUGUAUUAAGGAGUUAAACCAAAGGUGUAGAUCUCUGUGAAGCUGGUGGCUCCUGACAAAACACUAGUAUUUAAUACCCGGGCAUGAAAACUUAUUGGUUUUACUAACAUAAUGCAGUGCAUAUGACUGUGGAAAGCUUUUGUGGGUGUAUAAGGUUAUAAAAAUCCCUUCCACACUUAGAGCCAUGCAACAGUUCAGCCAUUCCAAACAAUAAUAACUAAAGACAGACUUGAGUACAGUGGUCUUGUAAUGAGCAAAACUCCAGCAGGGCCUUUUUGUACUGUAUUACAGUUAUUUUUUACACCAUACAUGCAUUUAGCUGUCUUAACUUUGAAAAGGUCAGUUCAUCCAUAUUGCAAAGAAAAAAAAAAGCCAGAUCCUUAAUCGUAGCAUGCAGAUCCACUUUAGAUUUUUUUUUUCACAUUGACCUGAGAUACCUACUGAGUAUCUCUACAGCUCUAGUUGUUAUCUGGGUAAUGUUAAAUCAUCAGUGCAAACAGUUUCUUCUGUUGAAAUACUUUGUCAUUAGACUCCUAAGGAUAGCAAUGUUGUUUGGAUCAUUUCCUCAACCACUAUAGCUGUUUGUAGUUAUUAGUAGGCUUGAUAAAAAGUCUCGGGCAUUUCAAAUAUGUUUGCUUUAACUGGUCUCUGGUUUUAAAACCCCAGAUGAUGAGUAAGAGAACCAAAGGUCAAAAAGUAAGUUCAUAUAAUAGUAACUCAUACAGUAAUGACCACACCCACCUUCAUAGUCUGUUUUACUCUAAAUUAAACCACAGUUUACCAAGUUAAUAUCAUGGUGAGACUUAAAACUGGGGCCUGAGAUAAUAAACCCACUAGGAAAUGUUUACUCCAAAGAGAAACAAAACCACAUCGCUGCACAGCUAAAUAACAGAAGUUAGGGAAUGUGUGUAAUCUGGGUGAACCGAGCCUUCAUAAACCCAUCUUUUUAAUUUCAUCUACAGCUUGAUUUCCUAAAGGAUUUUUCCACAGGCAAGCUUGUGGAUUAA